AUCACUCGAACUGACACAACUGUUUUGGAUCAUCUUCCCCUUUCCUUCACCCCUUUUCUCUUUCUCUCUAGUAUAUAUAUCUUAAACUACCAACUAUUUAUUCUAGUGACAUCUGUGCCCUUUCUCUCUCUCUCUCUACCAUACAACUAUGUGUAUAGAGACAGUUUUCUUUAUUCCAUUAGAUCUGAAAAAGACCACUUACCCAACCUCAUACAUCAUUUUACUAAUUCCCAAUCACCCUCUUUGAUGAGGAUCACAGGUUCCUAUCAAAGACACAAGACCCUUCCUUCCUUCCACUUCGAUCUCUUCCUCAUGCAUGAAAUCAUUCAAUUGGUGAGUAUCUUUGCCUCUGCAAAAGGAAACUGAAAACUGAAGAAACUAGCUAACUUUCCCACCUCACAAGGCCAAAAAGACCAAAACUCCUUAAACUUUGUUUCACCUCUCACGAUUUUUUCUUCUCUCUCUCAAACGAUGUCACCCGAUGACACACCUUCAAAGCCUGCCACAGCAAAAGACCAAGAGACUCAAAGUUCCGGUGGUAGUGGCAGAAAAAGCUCCUCCACAAGGCCCCAAGAGCAAGGUCUCAAUUGUCCACGAUGUGACUCACCCAACACCAAAUUCUGCUACUACAACAACUACAGCCUCACGCAGCCAAGGCAUUUCUGCAAGACAUGUAGAAGAUACUGGACAAAAGGUGGUGCUUUGCGCAACGUUCCUAUUGGCGGUGGUUGCAGAAAGAACAAGAAGGUGAAGUCAUCAAGGCUAUCAUGUGACUCCAAGGACUCUGGUUCCUCCUCUUCAGAAGUUGGUGGACUCAAGUUCCUUCAUUCUCUUUCUCCUUCCAUGGACUUUCACCUUGGAGGGUUACCCUUCCCUAGGCUUCACCAUCAUCAUCACCCUCCAACCACUUACAACCACUUUUCCUCUUUUGAAAACACUUCUAGUACUUCUUCAUGUUUCAACCUUGACCCUUCUCCUGGCACCACCACCACCCUAUCAAGUUCUUUUGCUGCUCUCUAUAAUUACCCUUUUUCUUACAAUGGUGCAAUCCAAGGUAUGAGCUCUUUGAACGUUCAUAGUGGCCUUGCCUCUUCCAUUGAGUCUUUGAGUUCUAUAAAUCAGGACUUGCACUGGAAGCUUCAGCAGCAGCGAUUGGCAAUGCUCUUUGGUGGAGACAACAACCAGAAAGAUCAUAGUGGUGUUAACCAGAUUGAGAACCAGACUCAGAAGCCACAAACCAUUUUGUUUCAAAACCUUGAGAUUUCAAAGCCAGGAACUUUCCCAGUUGGGGACUCCAGAAAAGAACAUGGUCCAAGUGGGGACACACACACGCCUUCAACCGAGUGGUUCUUUGGGAAUUCCUAUGCCUCAGUGACUCCAACACCUACUAGUAGUGGUGGUGGCCCAGGGAAUAAUGAUAAUGCAAGCAAUUGGAGUAGCGGUGGUGGUGGUGUCCAUGCUUGGGGUGAUGUGCCGCAGCAAUAUAGUUCUUUGCCCUAAGUAGCUAGAACUAGAAGAUGUAAAAGCACGAGGGAGGAGGAUAAAGAGGACUAAGAAAGAGGUAGAGUGAUAGCUAGCUAGAUCUUUUGUUUAUUAACUUUUGGAAGAAAUUAAUUAAUAUUAGGCCAACUCUCUGAAAAUUAAUUGCCUUAAACUCCUUUAGGUAUAUGGUAGUUAUGUCUGUCAGUCACUCUUGUUCUUUACGUUGGCUUCAAAGGAACAUAUAUGUAACAGAUGGGAAAGUUAAGACCAUAAUGUGUUCAUAUACUCUUCAAUUUCAGCUAGAUGUGCAUCAAUUAAUUGUCUAAAUUCUUACUUUCUCAAUUA